AUGGACCUCUCACGGCAAGAGUACCCAACGCUGCUGGCCACCCUGCAUCCUAGCCAAGCUACGACUGUUCUGAGCGAUCGCAUUCGAGUCAUAAACAAGAUCAACACGGAUAUCGCGGACUAUCUGCAGGAACGACGUCGCGUCGAAGAAACAUACGCCCAAGGCCUGCGGAAGCUGGCGCAUCGGCCACAGCUGGAUAAUGGAGCCGCUCUUGGCAUCUUCCAAAUCCCCUGGCAACGGAUCAUUAACGCUACCGAAGCCCUCGCCGUUUCACAUGAGACUCUUGCGAACAAGAUCGAAGAAGAUGUCGAACGACCGCUAAGAGAGUUCAGCACCAAGAAUCGGGACAUGCAGUCCAUGCCCGGAAUCCAAAGCAAUUUGGCGGGUUUGGCCAAGAAUGUGGAGAAUGCGCAGAAGAAGGUUGAUAAGGCUAAGUCAAAGGGCACAAAGGGUGCAGAUAAGCUGGCUGCCGAGAUAGCCAAUGCGGAGGAGGUUCAUCAGCAGUGGGAAUCACGAGCUCCUUUUGUUUAUGAACAACUUCAGGCCGCCGAUGAGACCCGACUCAACCACCUUCGCGAUGUCCUAACACAACUGGAAACCCAUGAGGUAGAUCAGAUCGAACGAGGCCGCCAGGCUGCUGAAAGCUGCUUGAAUGUUCUGCUCAAUGUGCAAACAGCAGAUGAGAUCAAGACUUUCGCUGCUAAAAUGGCAGGCAACCGGGUCCCUGCCUCACCUGCUGUAUCCAGGAGACAGACAGACCGGGCGGAAACCCCUUAUACGCCGGAACCGGGACCUGAACGGGCAGUCACUGCCCCCAUCGAACAGGUGGCUACACCACCAACGGAAGCACCUCUUCCACCUCCUCCACGCAUUCAAGAUGAUACCGCCAGUCAGGAUUCAGAGCCGUCCGAAAGAGCUGCCGUUGCACAGACACCGCCCGCACCGGAAGCACAGCCACGGCACACUCCUCUAGGAGGAUUGAGACGACUCGGCACGGUCAUGAACCGGAGGAAGAGCGUUGUUGGGCCUUCGGCCGGAACUUUUGACCGAAAGGCUGAGAAAAAGCGCAGUCCUUUCGCGGUUUUCACGCGGGCCGACUCAUCUCGUGAUCUUCAAAUACCAGAGUCGCCUCCUCAAACUGCCUCUGGUCGUCCGGAUACGUCCUUCACAGAUCACUCAUCUUUGAGGAAUCCUAGUGUAUCGCAAGACCGUCCUGGUCUGGACAAUGCUGCCGCCAUCUCUGAAACGCAUGCUGGUAAUGCCACAAAUGGAGCUACUCCUGAAACUUCGGCUGGGUUGAACAACAACCAUGUCAGUCAACCGCUAGUUGAUUCGGAAGGGUUCACCGAGCGUCCCUCGACGGUUGACGAAAUCACACGUGCCCAAAAUGAAGCAGCUGGCAUUGAUGAAUCUGCCCUUAAUCUAACGAUCCGAGACCAACCCAUCUUUGAGGAUGAGAGACAAGCACAGCAGGCCAUGGCGGAUAUGGCAAAUACCCUUCGAUUGCGUGCUCAAAAUACAGGAGUCAGACGCAAUGCAGGCACCAUCCGUGGCCGCCGUGACGUUCGCAACACAGUUUUCAUUCCUUCGCCUGGCAAUGAGCUUCCACCAAGUUCCGCGGGAUCGGAGUCGCAACCGCCCACUUCGCCAAUCAGACACAUGACCUCCCCAAGCAUUGCGCCCAGCGUUGCAACGGAUGACCACACCGUAUCAGAUACCACUUCAGUUCGCUCGGGGCACGGUACUCAUGGCCUAGGAACUUCAGCGCAUCCUGAUCUCUAUGAAUCGGGUCUGAAUGCCUCGAUCAUUGAGACUGUCGAUGCAUGGUUCUCGGAGGGCAGUGUGGUCAAAUCCUCCGUUGUGGGUGAGCUUGCUUUGGCAAACAACCCCACGUCUGGCACUGCGACAGAUACCUCGCGCAUCCGCCUUGAAAAUUUCCAAGUGCUGGAAAAGGUAGCCGCCAAUCCCCACUUUGUCCAGGAAGCCGCCAAAGACCCAACCGACGAAAAACGAGGCGAGUAUGACAUCCAGCUGGGCAGCAUCUCCCGUCCCAUGCCGACAGUUGCAUUCAAAUAUCAGCUUCACCUCGACCCGGCCAAUCCUUCCGCCUACUGCCCUGUGAUCUUCAACCCAGUCUGGAACCUAGAAGAACUCCAGGCUAGCGCCAUUAUCUAUUACUCUCUUAAUCCGGCCUUCGUUUCCCACCCAGUUGAGUCAAUUUCUCUCAAGAACCUAGUCUUGACUAUCAACCUGGACACCGCCGGCAUAGACGAAGUCACCAAGCAACCAAGAGAGUCAGUGGCUCACGCGACCAGCGCCGCAAUGUACCCAAACACAGGCGCCGCUUUCCGCCGCAAGACCUCAACCGUCACAUGGAAAAUUCCCGAGUUUGAAGUUAAGGCCCCUGCUACUCCAGGCGUAGAUGGCAAAUUCCUUGUCCGCUUCUCCACGUCAACCCCAGGUCCUCGCAAGGGGAAGGUUGAGGCCAAGUUCGAGCUUCACGGCACCGAUUCCCCAUCCCAGCUGGGUAUUAGCCGUGCUGCUUCAAGCAGCGAACAGCUGGAGGCCGACCCCUUCGCUGACGAAGGUCGUGAGGUGCAGCCAUCCUCAAUUUCAUGGCUAGGUGUCCCGACUGCUCGCAAGCUAGUUGGCAGGAAGUACGUCUCUGCCUGA